AUGAGGUCUACUGUCAAAGAACUGUCGCUAUAUAUUCACUUUCCAUACUGUCGUGCCAAAUGCUCAUUUUGCGCAUUCAACAAGUACACUCUACCUUCCACUGGAAUAAACGAGACAUUACUUCUUGACGCAUACAAACGAGAAUUUGAUUGGUUUCUACGAGAUUACAGUGCUGGUGGCACUGCAGUGAAAAUUUCUUCGAUCUAUUUUGGAGGUGGGACACCUUCUUUGAUGCAGCCUUCAACUGUGGAAUCCAUACUGAAGGAUGUAGCGAGUAAAUGCAAUGUGGAUCCCAGGAAUACGGAAAUUACUCUUGAAGCUAAUCCAACUUCAGUGGAAACCGCUCAACUACUCGGUUUCAAGCACGCCGGAGUGAAUCGCCUUUCGUUGGGUAUUCAAGCUCUCAAUGAUGAAGACUUACAUCUUCUGGGACGCGAUCAUGAUGUGAAGGAUGCCCGAAAAGCGAUACAUGCAGCACAAAAUACUUUUGAACGAGUUUCACUUGACUUUCUUUGGGGUAGACCAAGACAGACUCUGAAUGGUUGGAAGGACGAGCUGCAAGAAGCCCUGAGCUUUGGAGCUGAACACUUGUCGAUUUACCAACUCAUCUUGGAACGAGGAACACCAAUGUUUGACAUUCACGCCGAAAUGCCAAGUCUCUGGCAGUCAGAAGACGUACAAGCUAAAAUGUAUUCCACGACCGUUGAACUUGCUCGUUUGUUUGGGUACAAGCAGUACGAAGUUUCGUCAUUCGCUAAAUCGGCUGACGCAGAGAGCAGGCAUAAUAAUGGGUACUGGUUUGGACGAGAUUAUAUUGGGAUUGGACCUGGUGCUCAUGGAAGAGUCACGAGUAUGAAUGAGAGGUAUAGGACUGCUUGUAUACGGUCACCUAGUCAGUGGCAGACGCAAUGUGUGGAUUCUGGAAAUGGGGUUGCAACCAAAGUACGAAUGUCUGACAAAGAAGUGGGACGAGAACUGGUAGCUCAAGGACUACGAACUAUACGUGGAAUCACUUUGGCAGGGAUUUCGAAACUGUUGCCUGAGACACCUAUAGAGGAUUUGCUCGAUGUUGAAAAGCUUAGAGGGCUGGCGGAACAACAGUUCGUGACUGGAAAUCCACCACUCUCUUCAACAUCAGACCUCGACAAUACCACUUUCUCGCCCAACCCCUCAACGUCAAAUCCAAUAGCCGAAGCUCCUCCAGAAAUAGUACCAAUAACGUCACGUCACUCGACUGUCAGAAUAUCUAUAUCUGCGUGCUGUGCACUGAGUUUAAUUGAUGGGAGCUUCAAUGAACACAACGACGAGCUACGUGUUCUGUUUGAUCAGGGACAAGAUCUGAAUCCAUACAUGGCUCGAUUUGCUGAAUUGUAUGGUGGUCCAGAAAUAGAUCCUAGCUCUGAAGGCGUGUUUAUAAACCGUACCGUGAUACCUCUUCGUAAAACCAAUAGUAGCAUUCCCAAUCUAGCACAGCAGCAGAUUGAUAGGUCCUCCAGCCUCCCAGUCGAAGGUCAUCCUCACGAUAUAAUAGUAGCUACUCUAGAACUAUUGGAUCAACACAUAGCAGGUGUCUUGACGGAUAUAUCAAAUAUCCAGAGUCUGCUUCAGUUGACUGAGACAUACCAGCAUCUAGAAAUAUUAAGUCGAUAUGAAGCUGAUAGGGAUUGUAUCAUUCGACACGGCGGUUUACGCAAAUUGAGUGAUGUGCUUGCGGCUAUUUCAUCACAUCUCAAACAAUCACAUCUUGAAAAUGGACCUGAAACGGAGGCCAUGACCAAAUUAAUGUAUAUUUGUAUAUAUCUAGCACGAAUGUGUUUUGAUCCUGAUGGUCGAUUCGGUGUGUAUGUAGCUACGAGUGGACGAACAGUUGUCGUUGAAAGUCGUCGACCAUCCACGUCACUUAUUGGACGAGCUACGAAAUUGGAUUCGGAUACUUAUAGCAUGGUUGAAGCUUUAUAUGGAUUGUUGAUUUCUGUAAACAAUCACGAGAUGCCAUGGAGUAUAAUGAAAACACGAAUAAUGGAAACGCUGGGUAGCAUUAUAGCUUCAGACCCAGCAGUGACGAAACGAUCAUUGGUUGAACGUGAUAUAGUAGACUCGCUGCUGAUUUCUAUCGCAUGGCCGUCAUGGUUGCUGGAAGCGAAUGUCGCUCCUGCUACACUUCGAGCUGAAUUCAGGAAUCAAAUACUGGCUUGGCACCUUGUUCAUUUUUUGUCAAGGACAAAUCCAGCAUGCAAGGAACGUAUUGUUGCUCUUGGUGGCUAUGCUCGAUUGACUGCUUUGGUAUCUUGGACUUCGUAUUGCUGCUCAGAAUUGGGUCCUAAUUUUGGAUCGGCUGGUAGCGAAUACAAGGGGUUUCAAGAUGUCAGUAGUUCCAAAAGUCUGCCGGACGAUACUGCUCCUGCCGUAGAGUCAACAACUUUACCAGAUUACGAGAAAGAAUACAUAAAAUCACGCAAUGUCUUGUCAGAAAAUCCGCCAGAAUAUAUCCCUCAUGCCCUUCCACCUCCCUUAAUGUCACAUUCGCUAGGACUCCAGUCACCUGAACUCUCCCUCAUAUUCGCCACUGCUCUAGGAUGUUGUAUAUAUCAUAGCGAGCCCUUACCUGGAUUAGCAGGUGCCAUGUCUGCUGCCGGAGGCAGUCGACGAUCACUUGUAGCAAUCGAAGCUUCUCAGGAAAUUGGUAGAACAACAAGUCCUGAUGGAGCAAGAGGACAAGGCAUGUCUUCUCAAAUAGAAAGCUUUCUACGUCCCUUGUUUAAAGCUGUUGGUGCAAGCUUUAUGGCAGGACUGGGAUCUUCCAUGUCGAUGGGAUUAGAUGAAGCACCAUAUUUAGGGCCGGAAGAAUUGAGAUUUAUAACACUUGGCAGAAGUACUCCAAUCAAUAAUCCUGAGAGUCUCUUUCCGACUUUCAAUGUAAAUAUUAGUAGCAUUCAAGCAGAGAUACCACCUGUUGCAAAACCUGUACCUCUUCCACGUCUUCAAUUCGCAUUCAUAGAGUUUUUAGGUGAAUUACUCGCUGAUCCACCAGAGACGGUAGAUAUAGAUGACGAGUCGCUGUUUCGACUUCGAGGAUGGAUUCUCAAAUGGAUGGAUAUAUGUAAAUUAUGGGAGACUUUAUUUAGUAGCCCCUGGUUUUACUUUUGGGGUGAUGAGCAUGAGAACACGCACUCGCUGUAUGCUACAAAGCUCAGACAGUGUAUCAUGAGAUUCGUGGAGUAUAUGGCCACGUUGCCUGACUUUGAUAAUCAGCAUCCAGUUGGAGCUCUUUUAGGGCUUAUGGAAAAAUACUAUCCAAGUCAACCUCCUAUAGUACAUCAAGCAUCAAAAUCGCUGAGAUUUAUUCUCACUCACAAACGUCUGAUAACGCAAGAGUCGUUGAGACGCAUUGAGAGUCUGACUAUCAUUACACCCUUACUGGCGAAAGUUACAUCGAAUCCUAGUGAUAUGCAAUGGGCUGUAUUGGGUCUCUUGGAUGCUAUGUUGGCUGGUUCUAACAAGGAUAUGGCCAUUUACAUAUAUGCAGACAGAUCGACUUUGAAGCUCUUGUUCAAGUUGGCAGUUGGUCCUUCACGAACUGUAGCUCAAACUGCCUUGGCCAGAGUGUUGGAUUUGAUUGCGAUAGUGCCAUUAGAAUAUCCUACAUAUGGUGUAGGAAGAGCGUUCCCUCCACCAAUAUCGGGUCAACCACCAUCUCCAUCUCAACCAGAAUCUGGAUCAGAUACAGGAAUUGACUUGCUUGGAUUCUACUUUGUCUGUUUCCAACCCGAAAUAGCAACCCAACGACAAUUAGAAAUCCAGUGCUCAUUGUUAGGUGGUAUAGGGACAUUGUUGAUGAAAUAUCGAAAUGAUCCAUCAAAGUCAAAUGCCAUGCGAGCCACUUUAUUGAAGUCCCAGGUUUUCGAGCACUGUCUGGGUGUGCUCUCAUCACGCAUACCGAUCGAAAUGGGUGAAGCUGCCUUCCAUAAAUUGACUGGCGAGGCAAUCAAGACGAUUGCGUCAGUCAUGAGUGGAUCUAAAGAAGCCAGAAAGACAUUCAAAACAAUAGUAGGUUUUGAGGAAAUCAGAAUCCGUCUAUUUGUAAAAGGAUCUUGGGUAGCAUGGGAUGGUCUCCUUGAUGGAUUGAUGGGACUAGCUCUAGAUUCCACUGACGGCUUUGAAGCCGUCCAUGACAAUCCCAUUGUCCGUAACGUCGACGCAGCACGAGCACUAUUCUCAUUUUAUCCUCAUCUUGGAAGUGAGCUCCAGGUCGCAUUCUUGACACGAUUGACAAGACUUGCUUCCUCCCACGAAAUGAAUCGAGUGAUUUUAUGUCAGGCUGGGACUGUUGCCAGGCUGGUUAAAGAAGUCAUUCCAAAGUCGACGGAUUUGGAAUCUUUGGAACGGGCCAUCGAGCUGUUGGAAGUAAUUGGUGCUCAUAAUGUAUUGGUAGCUGAAGUUAGGUUGAUGCUUGCGAGCUUGAAAGCUCAGCCUAUUGCUAGUACUCCAGUGUAUCGUGCUCCGAGACAUAGACGACCUAGUAAUCUCCUUGGAUCUCGGGAUACGUCUUCUGAGGUGCUACCAUUUUACUACGAUCGAGUGCUCAAAGCGAUGGUCAAUAUUGCGCAACGUCGCGAAUAUGAUUUGGACUCGUUCUACUUUUCUGGCAAGUUUUCUGGUUUGGUGCUUCCGCCAUUGCAACGCUGGCCAACAAAGGAUGGGUUUACCUUUAUUACGUGGUUUAAACUUGAAGCCACUGGAUGGGGUCAUGAGCCUGAAGUAGUAUCAGAACCACCAAUGUCAUCACCACCAUUAUCGCCAGGACAAUCUCGUAAAUCCUUCUUUGGAUCUGGUCGAUCGAGAACUAAAAAGUCUGAUAAUAAUAGUGGUAGUGGUAGUAAGAGGUUGUCAACGUUAAAAGUCAGCACUACUAGUCCUCAGUCAAGUAGUAGCAAUAUUGCAAGCCCGACCUCUCCAGCAUCUGCUACUCCAUUAUCACCAAUUAUGCAAGCAGCUCAAGCUCCACGAAUAUUCUCCUUUUUGACACCAGCUGGUGCAGGCGCCGAGCUUUACGUCAUAGAUGGAACCCUAAGAUAUACUGUAACGACAAGGAAUGGUAAUGUUAGCAGUAUAGAUUUGAGUGGUGUCAAAUUGUUGACUGGGCGAUGGUAUUUCCUCGCUCUUUGCCAUCCAGCUCCUAAACGACCAUGGACAAGUCAUAGUGAAGUACUUGUAUACAUGAAUGGUGCUAUACGUCACAAGGAAAAAAUGGAUUUCCCAGAUUCCGACUUGCAUUCACAGUGUCGCGUUGGGGCUUCAGCUAGGAUGCCUCAUUACGAUACGCCCGAUGCAUUGCCCAACGCAUGCCAUCAUUCCUUCCCAGGCCAAAUGUCGUGUAUAAGUAUUUUAGAAGACGCAUUACCAGUAGAAAAGCUUCAUCAUAUAUACGCACUUGGUCUUGCACGGUAUUCAUCGACUUUGGAAGAUAUUGCUAUUUAUCUUGAGAAGGAGACUAGAGCUUCCGAGUCUAAAGGCUGGGGUAGAUUUACUAUGGCGUUGCAUCCGUCAUCCGCUAAAUGCCAUACCGACUUGUUUGAAGGUGGAUUAAAGUCAGACGACGAAUAUAGUGGAAUAGUAUAUGACCUUAUACGCAGUGGUGGACAGGCUAGUAAUGCAACGAAGCUUUGUAAAGCUGUUAUUUGCUCAUCGAGAUCCAUGCGUACGGCUCUACGAGCUCUAGGAGGGCCAGAGAUAUUACUGCCAAUCUUUUAUAAUUUGGAUCUUCCAACUCCCAAUGUCUUGUUUGAAUCCGAUGCAACACGUGAGACUGGUCAACUGAAGAGGUCAUCGGCUGGUCUAGCACUCUUUGCUGCCACCCUUGAUGGUGAUAAGGAUGCUAUUGAGAGGUUUACGACCAAUAGGACAGCCAAGACUUUGAGUAUAAUAUUACAGGUCCGCUCGUCAAAGCAUCUAGAUAUGAGCUUGCUGGAUUCUAUAAUGAAUGUAGUUAAAGUCGUGUCUGGAUCGGAUCCAGAACCAAUGACGGAAGUGUUGGGUGCGCUUGUAUUCGAGUCACGAUUAUGGGGUUCCUCCAAACCACAUAUACAGAAUGAACUAUUAGUGUUUUUAAGACACUAUGCUCAAGGCCCAGAAAGACGUUUAUGUCGCUCACGCUUUGGAGUAUGCCAUUUUCUUGAAUGGCAAGAACGAUGCUAUCCUUAUACUCCAGUAAAUCCUUCACUCCCUGACCUUCGUCCACAAUAUGAAGAUAUGAAAGCUCUUCGCAGUAUCGUGUGGUCUAUAUGUAUCGAUUACCUCUCGCAGGGAGCAACGCAGGACGAAGUUGCGAAAUUAAUGGCUGUAUUAUUCGGAUCUACUAUGGACUCAGACCCCGUGCAUGUCUAUGAAGUAUUCGAUACGAUUGUUAAAGCUGCUGCAGAACCUGUUAGUGGUGUUGGUGAAAUGUUUUUGGCUGCUAAUGGAGCCGAGUGUAUUGUGCAUUUGUUAAGGAGUGAGCAAAGAGAAGAGUUGAGGUUGCUUGUGCUUGAUUUUGUGUUGGUGUUGAUACGAGGCCAGAGGAGUUUGGACAAGUGGAAGAAACGGCUGAGGUUUGAAGACAUUGGUGGCGUUGGACGAUUGUUGAUGGAAAGGGGACAUUUGCUAUCAAUGCAAAUCUAUCGAUCUCUGAUAACUUUGGUAUUGGAAGACCCAAUGACGCGUGGUUCUGAAAAAUUGGAUUUGGAGUCCAUGAAGGUACCAGUACUACGGAAUGCAUCUGCGCUGUAUUCAAUAUGGGAAUUGGCAGCUCGACCUCAAGUAGAGGAAGGUGUCAGAAUUCAAGUGUUGCGAGAUGGUCUGGCACUAGGUCGAGCCAGUAAAGCCAAUGCAGAGAGAAUACGGGCUCGUCCUGGAUGGCAACUCCUUAUAUUAUCUAUGGUUCCUAUACCCAACGAUUCAGAACGACCAUCACUCUCGUCUCGCCGAUCUAGAACCAGUACUUCAGAUAGAGGUCCUGCUAUCACAUCCCUAGACGAUGAGGAGACUCUUUUAGAAUUGGCCGAAGAGCUAGUGUCUAUGCUUAUUCUCGACUCGUUUGAUUUGGAUCGUAAAGGUUGGAGGUUUGCUGAAGAAAUGGUUGCUUUAAUGUGGGCAUCUCAAAGAUCAGAUGGUCUGUCUGUUAUACGAAGAGUGCUUGGAAGAUUGCUGAACGAUUUAUGUGUGCAACUUCGAUCUUCUGCUAAUGGUGCUUUGGGGUUUUCAACCAUUAAGAUGGACAAUGUGUUGCAUCUACUCUUCUUGGCAGAGGAUGUCAUGUUUCAUCAUGAAGGGUUGCAUGAAUCUCUUGUUCAAGAGAUGAGUCCUCCCGAGUCUCCUGGAUCUGGCGGUGUGGAGCGCUCAAUUUCAUAUACAUCCCUCUCUUUCUCCGAUACAGACGUUCAGAUUGAUCAACCCUCAGGAAUAAUGGAAGAGAAGCAGAGCAAUCCAAUGCACGAAUGCGCUGAUAUGGCUGCAGAUUAUCUGGAUCUGUUGACAGGUCUUGUGGAGUAUGGAAUGCCUAUUGUUGGAAGUCUUGGUGAUAGUGUCGAAAAGGAAAACAAACAGAAAAGCGGUGUAGUGCGUUUAGCUCUACGAGUCUUGAUGGGUGGUCUUGUACCUCCAAGCGAAAAAGCUUGGAAUAUUGCCAUUCCACACCUCAUACCUAUUUUAGAACGUCAUGGCACGCUCUUUGCUGAAGUUGAAUCUCGAGCUAGAGUGUUGAAUGUGACUGGCCAAAUGCAUGAUGCCUUUUUACAAGCCAAUGAUGUAUCAGAUCACGAUCACCAUCUCCCUUCCUUCCAAGUAAUCUUACCUGUAUACAUGCUGAUGAUCACACGUUGGAGGCAGAUACUGUUGUCUCUGAAAGAUGAAAACAUGAACCCACUGCUCUCUGAGUCAGUGUUGAGUGAUGCUGAAGCCAAUCAACAGAAAUUCUUGCAGAUGGUUGUCUCUCCUCCGUGGAAAUCCAUGUAUGAACGACACUUCAUACCAUCAAUGAAGAUCGUCGCUGAAGAACUAGGAGCAGUGCUGCCAGCAGCCUUAAAACGGCACGCCAAGAUGGCACGAAUUGCUGUAGGUCGAGCUCGUAAAGAAGACUCGACAGUCGCUCAUAAUCGAGACCAUCUCCUUGCAGCUGCAGAUUCAACAAUACGUAAACGUCGUGACGAGGAUAUACUUGCUUCAUCUGAUCGUGCUAGCAUGAUUGAUGCAGACAAGAGAACACUCCAACGUCAAUGGGCAAUUAUGUAUCGUAACCUCUCAGGUGAACGUGGUGUUUGGUCGAGUCCAGAGACGAGUCCUCGUAAUUGGAAAUUGGAUGCUUCUGAAAACUCGUCGCGAAUGCGACGAAGGUUGGCACCAAACCCAGAAUUCGAUGAUCAUCGAGAAGCUGCUGCUAGACGAGACAAGAAGGAAACAGGAGUUGAUUCUCCACGACCACGAGCAAGGACUAGUAGUAAACCAGUACCUCCACCCGAUAAGCUUAAAAGUCAAAUGUCGUUUGAAUCAGGAGAGAUGCUGUUGGCUGCUGAAGUACAAUCACCCGUCGGCAGUCUUCAUGGCUCCGAAGCAGAUAUACCUGCUGUAGUGGGCGAAGAAGAUGAAGGAUGGUCAAUCAUAAACGAUGAUAAUAUGUCCGUCACAUCGACUUUAUACGGAUCCGAAGCUGGUGAACGUGUCGUUUGUGGAGCCGAGUGUGAAAUAAUUGCCAUGAUGAGUACCGUCAAAGGUCGUUUUGAAGUUACAGCAACACAUAUAUACUUCCAGAUGGAGGCAAGAUCAAUAUUAUCUUCUACCGAAGAUACCCAAAAGUUUAUAGAUCAAGAACUGUUACGAGAUCGACGCUGGAAUUUAUCUGAAUUACGAGAAUUGUAUCCGAGACGAUAUCUACUACGUAAAUCGGCUAUAGAGUUAUUUUUUAUGGAUAGGACAUCAUGCUUCUUCAACUUUCGAUCUAGUAAAGACCGAACUCGUGUCUUGGCGAGAAUUAUCGCUUUGAGGCCACCAUCCCUUGUUACUCCUGAUGCUAGAACGCCGUCAGAGAUCUUACGUCGAAGUAAUUAUACAGAGAAGUGGCAGAGACAUGAGAUGUCGAACUUUGAGUAUUUGAUGCAUUUGAAUACGAUCUCGGGUCGCACUUAUAAUGAUUUGACUCAGUAUCCAGUCUUCCCGUGGGUCUUGCAAGAUUACGAAUCAGAUACUCUGGAUUUGACUGAUCCUGAUGUAUAUCGAGACUUGUCCAAACCAAUUGGAGCCCUUGAUGAUGCCAGACUUCAAAACAUAUUGGAGAGAUAUCGAGCCUUCGAAGAUCCUUCUGGUCGUAUCAAGAAAUUUCAUUAUGGGACUCACUAUUCGUCGGCUGCUGCCACUCUGUUUUAUCUCUUACGUUUGGAGCCCUUUACUACGUUGCAUAUCUUGUUGCAAGGUGGAAAGUUUGAUCACCCCGACCGGCAAUUCCACUCUAUUCAAGCCUGUUGGAAGUCUGUCUUGUUUGGUAGUGGAGAUGUUAAGGAAUUAAUUCCGGAGUUUUAUUAUAUGCCAGAGUUUCUAAACAAGUUUGAUCUUGGAGUGAAACAAACUGGAGCAGCUGUUGAAGACGUGAUUCUUCCACCAUGGGCAUCGUCUCCCGAAGAGUUCAUUCGUAUUCAUCGUGAAGCUUUAGAGGGCGAUUAUGUAUCCGAGCAUCUUCAUGAAUGGAUUGAUUUAAUAUGGGGAUACAAGCAAACUGGAGAAGAAGCUGUGAAAGCACAUAAUGUCUUCUUUUACACUACAUAUGAAGGAGCUAUUGAUAUUGAUGGCAUACGUGAUCCAGUGGAACGUCAAUCUCUCGAAGAUCAGAUAAACAAUUUUGGACAAACACCAAGUCAAUUACUCAAACGACCUCAUCCUAAACGGCUCCCAAAGACUGCACCGUCUGUCUUCAAAUCGACCUUAUUUAGCCACCCUCAUUCGCACAAAAGUUAUCUUAUUCAACUCAAGAAUGAAGGUAUAAGUGGUGUUGUCUUGUGUGAAGACACUACACCUAGUAGUGGUAACAUGACGGCAGCUGGGCAAUUGAUUGAGAAAGUAGUUAGUGGUACCAUGUUGGGAGGUGAUCGUCUAAUUACAAUUGCGAACGAUGGUACAUAUGGACUACAAAGAUGGACUUCUACGUCAGGUCGUGAUGAUUCAACACCCUUUGUAUAUGAGCCAGAUUCACCUGAUGCUAAACGUCAGUUACCCCAACAGUACUAUACUUCAUCAUCAUCCUCUCCUUCUCAAUCAUUAUGGGCCAUUACGAAAGAAGGGAAUUACAUGUUUGUAGGAGGUCAUUGGAGUGGUGCUAUUGGAGUGAUUUCUCUUGAUCAGGGAACAAGAGUGGGUGAGCCUAUACCUGGACAUCGUGAUGUUGUCACAUGUUUGGCAUUGAGUGAUGACGGAAGUGUCUUGGUUACUGGAUCGAGAGAUACUACUGUUGCGACGUGGGAUGUGGUCACGUCUGCUGUGCGUAGUAUUAGUGAUGCUGUUAAUAUGAGAGAUACGGCACCCAUACGGUUGAUGAAUCAGCAGCUUUUGUAUGGUCACGAUGAUGAGGUCACAGCCGUAGCAGUGGACGUAGAACACGACCUAGUAGUUAGUGGAUCUAAAGAUGGAACCUGCAUCUAUUAUAGUCUCCAUGGCGGACGAUACUUUAGAACUGUAAGGCCGACCACCAACUUUAAGGAGGAUGUGGUGAUGGUCAAACGUGUCUUGGUUACCAAACAAGCUGCCGUUCUUGUUUAUUCCGAAACUCAAGCCAAGGACAUUUCAUUCAUGCACUCAUACAGCAUUAAUGGCAAGCUAUUACGAGACAGAAUGUUUACGUGGCAAAUGAAUGACAUACAAGCAUCCAGUGAUGGCGCGUGUGUAGUGGGAGCUGACAAUAAAGGAGGUGUAUCGCUGAUGAAGCCCUAUAAUUUACAAAUAAUACAUCGGUUUGAUGUAUCCGUGAGUGCCUUGAGUGUGGCUAUUUCAAAUGACCAACGCACACUCUUCCUCGGCAGAACUGAUGGUCGUCUUCUUAUCAUCGCUCUCGAUGCCAGAUCUGUUCGAGCGCAAGUCUCUGCUUCAGGGCAAUCAGGAAUCUCUCUUUUCUAA